CGAAUCAAGAAUGCUGAACCGGUUUCCCGCACAGCUUAGUCGUCUUCCAGCACGCUUCCGAUCGACAGUUAUUGAGUUAUCAGCAUUCAUCAAUGGCCCUUCGCAUCGGGUUUUGUUUGGCGCUGCUGUUGGUGAUAGUUCAAGGUCAACGAAUAGCAGAGAAAAAAUGUCAAGAGUACCGGAAGCUCACCGUCAAAACAGCGUCGAUCAUCCCGUUGGUGGUCAAUCCUAACCCACUGAGAAUAACUAGCUUCAAUUGUUCCAAAACGGUGGAUCUAAUUGUUGGAGGCGAAGUGGCCAGAAAGCACGAGUUCCCUCACCAGGCUCUGUUGGGUUGGAGCGAUGGAGACGACUAUAAGUUUGAUUGCGGUGGAUCGCUGAUUAGCAAACGGUACGUACUCACUGCUGCACACUGUUUCAAACAAGGAAAUCCUGACAUCGUUCGCCUGGGGGAACACAACAUAGAGGACGAUACGGAUAACCAGGUUGAUCUUCCGAUUGAGUCGAUAAUUAGGCAUCCAGAUCACAUGUUUAAAUCUUCGUAUCAUGAUAUUGCACUUAUCAAGUUGAAGGACAACGUGCGUUUCUCGAAAGUCAUCAGGCCUGCUUGCUUAUGGACCGGGGAGAAUAUCAACGUGACUGCCGUGAUUGCGACGGGUUUCGGUAGCAUGGAAACGGCCGGCAGUGGAUCCAAUUUGCUGCGUAAAGUUGUUUUACAGUUCGUGGAUAAGCAGUUAUGCGAAAGGCAGUUCUCAGGAAGACGGUUCGCGUCUGGGCUCAUGGAUCAGCAGCUGUGCAUAGGAAGCGAAACAUCCGGCAAAGACACUUGUCAGGGAGACUCGGGUGGUCCGAUUCAAACUAUACUGGAGACGAAGGGAUGCACCUACCAUGUAAUCGCCGUCACUUCACUAGGCCCUCUGUCGUGUGGGGAUUCACCUGCCCUCUAUACCAAGGUGUCUAGCUACAUCGACUGGAUUGAAGGAAUCGUGUGGAAAGAUGAAUAAUGUCUGUUUCGUAGAACUGGAAUUUUCGAAAUACAAACCAUGUUCAAAACGUA